GCUCAAAGCACUUGCAUUCGAGGGUUCUAGAAAAAGCUACGCCUCCCACGACGAUAUCUACCCGUUCUCCCCACAGAAGGGGGAAAAACCUGAAAAAAAAAUAAUAGAAAGACGUUUGAUCCGGCGAGCUUCCGAAAGGAAUCGGGAACCUCUUCGCAUCGGAGCUCUGCGGCUGCCAAAAAGAUCUCCUCGUUUUCGCACGGGACAUAGUGAUACAUCGGGAAAACGAUGAGCGUUGUCGGGUUCGAUGUCGGAAAUGAGAGCUGCAUUGUUGCGGUCGCUCGGCAACGCGGGAUCGAUGUGGUUCUCAACGAAGAAUCCAAGCGAGAGACUCCAGCGAUCGUGUGCUUCGGCGAGAAGCAGCGGUUCGUUGGGACAGCUGGGGCCGCAUCCUCUUUGAUGAAUCCCAAGAACUCUGUCUCCCAGAUAAAGCGUCUGCUGGGCCGGAAAUUCUCCGAUCCUGAGCUCCAGAGGGAUCUGCAGUCUCUCCCCUUCUUGGUAACGGAAGGCCCUGAUGGUUUCCCUCUGAUCCAUGCUAGGUACCUUGGGGAACAGAGGGCCUUUACUCCGACCCAGGUCCUGGCAAUGGUUCUUUCUAAUCUGAAGAGCAUUGCCGAGAAGAAUCUUGGUGCAGCGGUUGUGGAUUGCUGCAUUGGCAUCCCUGCAUAUUUCACCGAUCUCCAGAGGAGGGCUGUCCUGGAUGCUGCUACUGUUGCUGGAUUGCAUCCUCUCCAGCUGUUCCACGAGACCACAGCAACUGCUUUGGCUUUUGGUAUUUACAAGACAGACUUGCCGGAGAAUGACCAGCUCAAUGUGGCCUUUGUUGACGUUGGUCAUGCAAGCAUGCAGGUGUGCAUUGCUGGCUAUAAGAAAGGGCAGCUGAAGAUUUUGGCCCAUGCUUAUGAUCAGUCUCUUGGUGGGAGAGAUUUUGAUGAGGUCCUCUUUAAGCACUUUGCUGCUAAAUUCAAGGUGGAGUACAAGAUUGAUGUUUACCAGAAUGCCCGUGCCUGCCUUAGACUCAGGGCGGCAUGCGAGAAGCUGAAGAAGGUGCUGAGUGCAAACCCAGAGGCACCGCUCAAUAUUGAGUGCUUGAUGGAUGAGAAGGAUGUGAGGGGUUUCAUUAAGAGAGAGGAAUUUGAGCGGAUCAGUGCCCCAAUAUUGCAGCGUGUAAAGGGACCAUUGGAGACGGCACUUCUUGAAGCUCGGCUGACAACCGAGAAUAUUCAUGCAGUUGAGGUGGUUGGAUCAGGGUCUCGUGUUCCAGCUAUUAUUAAGAUAUUAACGGAGUUUUUUGGAAAGGAGCCUAGACGCACCAUGAAUGCGAGUGAAUGUGUUGCCCGGGGCUGUGCCCUUCAAUGUGCCAUUCUCAGUCCCACAUUCAAAGUGCGGGAAUUUCAGGUUCAUGAUAGCUUCCCUUUCUCAAUUGCCUUGUCAUGGAAAGGAUCUGCCCCAGAUUCGCAGAACGGUGCAAUGGAAAACCAGCAGAGUUCAAUUGUAUUUCCAAAAGGGAAUUCAAUUCCCAGCGUCAAAGCUCUUACAUUCUACAGAUCUAGUACAUUUACAGUUGAUGUGAUGUAUGCCGAUGUGGGUGAUUUGCAAGUUCCAGCAAGGAUUAGUUCUUACACGAUUGGCCCAUUCCAAUCCAGCAAAGGUGAGCGAGCAAAAUUGAAGGUUAAAGUUCGCUUGAAUCUUCAUGGGAUUGUUUCUAUCGAGUCAGCAACUAUGUUGGAGGAGGAAGAAGUUGAAGUUCCUGUAUCAGAUGCAAAGGAGCCAUCAAAGGAGGCUACCAAGAUGGACACAGAUGAAACAAGUGACUCAUCUAGAACUGAGAAUCAUGAAAAUAUGCAGGAUGUUAAAACUGUGGCAGCAGAUAACGCUGGUGCUGGGGUCGAAAAUGGUGCGCCAGAGGCUGAAGAAAAGCCUGUGCAGAUGGAAACUGAUGCCAAGGUUGAGGUUCCAAAAAAGAAGGUGAAGAAAACAAAUAUUCCAGUUUCUGAACUGGUGUAUGGCGGAAUGUCAGCUGAAGAUUUGCAAAAGGCAGUUGAGAGGGAGUUUGAAAUGGCUCUUCAAGAUAGGGUAAUGGAAGAAACCAAAGACAAAAAGAAUGCUGUGGAAGCAUACGUUUAUGACAUGCGAAACAAGCUUCAUGAUAAGUAUCAGGAUUUCGUAACAGCAAGCGAGAAGGAUGAGCUCAUUGCAAAGCUUCAGGAUGUCGAGGAUUGGUUGUAUGAAGAUGGUGAGGAUGAGACAAAGGGUGUUUAUGUUGCUAAGCUUGAAGAACUUAGAAAGCAAGGUGCCCCUAUUGAAGAACGCUACAAGGAGUGGACAGAGAGAGGUCCAACCAUUGAUCAACUCAUUUACUGUAUUAGUAGUUUUAGAGAGGCCGCCUCGUCAAAAGAUCCUAAGUUUGAUCACAUUGAUAUAGCAGACAAGCACAAGGUUGUUAAUGAAUGUGCCGGAGCAGAAACCUGGUUAAGAGAGAAAAAGCAGCAGCAGGAUGCCUUGCCCAAACAUGCCACUCCCGUUCUUCUUUCGGCAGAUGUGAAGAGGAAGGCUGAAACACUGGACAGGUUUUGCAGACCGAUAAUGACGAAACCAAGGCCGCCUCCACCCAAGCCGCAGACCCCACCACCAGCUGAGACGGCAGCACAACCUCAAGCCAACGAGCAGCAGCCUCAAGGAGAUGGUGCCUCCAGGGAGCAGGUGGCUGAUGAAAGUGGUCAUGCGCCGCCGAGUGCUGCUGAGCCAAUGGAUACCGAUAAAUCAGAGGGUGUCACAGAUCCUGCAGCAUGAAAACAUUAUAGUCCGGUUGUUUACAUAGAAGCUAUGCUCGUCUCGGUGCUGUCACUUUCAUUUAGGGUCUUGCUCUGCAAAAGGUGAGUGUCGGGUUCCUGCAUAGGUGAUAUUUGGGUUUUAAUAUUUACUUCCUAUUUUGUACUCAUGACCCGAAAUCCAGUUUUUGGAAAGUGGUUUACGGGAAGAAUUGGAUUUACGUUCUGAUGGAUUCAGUUUGUUUUGUUUGGGACCAAAAUCUCAUCUGAAUUGGGGUUCGAGGUAUACCGAGAUAUGCUUCAGGAAUGCCUCAACUUGUGCCAGUGCUUCUGAUGGUUCUCCUAGUAAACUGUGGCCGGUGCCAAACGGUAGAAAGAUUAUACCUGAUUAAAUUUCAACUGUUGUUUUCUCAUGCUGCA